UGCAUUGUUGGUUAAGGUCUUGUAAGCAUUUCACUGUAACACCUGUUGUAUUCGGCGCGUGUGAGAAAUAACAUUUCAUUUGAUAGCCAUCACACCAGAGCUAGUAUCAGACCGCUGCGCUAUAGGAGCAUGGCAGUAAAGUGCUUUCUCCUUAACACUGGUGCAGAUGAAUGGGAUGGUGUACCAAACCAUAUAAAAUCCAUCCCUACGCUAGAGAGUUUGAAGAUACAGUAAACCUUAAGUAAUGGUUUAUGGGCAAAAUGCUUAAUACUGCACAGGCUUAAAGAAAGUAUAAUUAUUUCAAUGAACGUUACUUGGUAAUGUAUUUUAUUUCUUGUACGGUUUCCUCCCUAUUGAUGAGAUGUAUUUUGUUUUCAUGUUAUAAUCUUGUUUAGGUUUUCUUUUCAUGUAUUUUCAUGAGGACCAUAAUGGAAAUACGUCUUAACUUUUUUGAGUCAUCCUUGAUGAUAAUAAUGGCAUUGUACUGUAUCAACAUGUCUGGUUGCAUUGUGCCUAAAAUUGUUUAAAAAUACAUAUAUAAUAAUAAUAAUAAUAUGAAUGUCCAAUACAUACAAUAGACUGACUGGAAAGGUGAUUUCCCACAGUCAAAGUCCUGCUAAGAUGCUAAUAUUUGUGUAAACUCUACACAGUUGUGUUGUGUGAGUGUCACUGAGUAGUCUGAUACCCCAUUACAUGGUUUCAACAUCCAUAGGUUAGGCUGUACAGACAGUGCUUAUAAGUAUGGCCCCAAUGCCAUUCUAAAGUCUAAUACAUCGACAGUGUGAUUUCAACUGCACAUUUUUUGUUGUGUCAAAUUAACAAAUUAUUGUCUCUUGUUGGAUUUAUUUAACAACAUUAUGAACUUGUUAAGCAUUAUUUACUCCAAAUAUGGCAUGAUUCCACUAUUUGAAUCCGUUUGAUUCACUUUCAAUGGGGGACUUUUAUUUUGAAGGCGAACUGCAAAUUCCACUAUUGUGGUUUAUCCUUAUUGUGGCUAGCUUCACAUAGGUGAAUUCACCAACACUGACCCGCAGAGAAGGACUAAACAAACUGAUCAUUACUGUCAACCAGACAAGGACAAUAUUAAAACGUUUAAUGUAGUCUGAAUAUUGGGACAGGAAUCACAAAAACAAUCACAAGUUCAUAACAAGAAGACCAAUAGUAAGUCAUCCUGAAUGGAUCCCCCAAACAGAGGGGGGCAACGGAGAGGUAGAGGAGGAGCCAACCAUGUCGAUCACAGAAGAGGUGCUGAGGCUGGUCAGAAAGAAGAGGAAGGGAUAGCUAACCAAGGGAGAGGGGGAAGAGGUAGGGGGGCCAGGGAAGAGAUGAGAGGGGUUAAUGGGGGGAACCCGAGGGAGGAUAGGAGAGAGCGAGAUGACAGAGCAGGGAAGGGAAGAGGAAGAGCAGGGGAGGAUGCCAGGUGUAAGGGUGGUAGAGCGGGAGGAGGAGGAAGGGAGAUAGUGGGAGGCAGAGAAAAUAGAGGGGGAGGGAGAGGCAGAGGAGGAGAGAGAGGGGGUGGUAGAGGAAGGGGUGGUAGAGGUAGAGGGGGAGGGAGAGGAAGAUCUAUAGGCGGUGGCACCCCUCAGGUUCAUCCAAUUGAGUACAAAACCUUGGAGAAGCUAUCAGGGAAAGACCCUUCAGAGGUAGCCAUCACUCUGGCCUCGAGCGAUGGACUGGAAGCUCUCCUCGACGAGAGAGAGAUGCGACAGGACCUCGUUCAGCUUCUCUGCCAAGUAUUAUGCAAGGCCUUCUUGUCCAAAACCGACCGCCAAACCGUACAGUGCUUGACUGGCUUAAUCAAGGAUUCCGGAUUCCUCCGAACCAUCCUGCCCCAUUAUGUGAUGGGAAUGGGAUCCGAGUUUGACCACACUCGCCGGGAACAAUACCCCCAGCACUUGGACAACAUCAUGACCCUUCUUUCCAAGGUGCUCAGCAUCUUCCCAGCUAGCUCUAUAAAGGGCGUGUCCAUGAUAGUGGCCCUCUUCAGACCAGUCAUCAACAGCCUGCGAGCCGUGGGGGUGGACGUCCUGGAGCAGACGAAGGAGAACCUGGAUAGGAUCCAGGUCCUGGUCGAGCACCUCCAGGAGAGAGCCAGGGAGGGCACCCUGAGGUCUGAUAACUACUCCUUCAUAACCGCCCAGGAAGACGCCCCACCUGGGGAGGCCGACUUCAGGACCCUGCCCAUCUACCCCACCCCCAAAGAGUUCCACCAGGACCAGAGAUCCUACCUCAGGCCCAACCUCAUCUCCCAACGCUACGCCAGCGGACUGCUCUACCUGGACACGCACUUCCGGCUCAUGCGAGAGGACUUUGUGAGGCCUCUUCGAGAGGGCAUCCAGCAGCUGAUUCAGAGCCAGCAAGACCUGGGCAAUAAAGACAUCCCUUUGAGAAAGUGCCGCUUUGAUGAUAUCAGAGUGUACUUUGACACUCGACUGGUGGUACCAUUGUGCACCCCGUCUGGUUUGGCCUAUAAGGUCCAGUUUGACCCCCAUCCUCUUAAGUUUGUCCGCUGGCAAAACUCCAAGCGGCUGAUAUACGGCUCCCUGCUCUGCAUGUCCUGUGACAACUUUGACACCUUCCUGUUUGCUACUGUGUCGGACCGGGACCCCAAGGAGCUAGAGAAGGGCUUUGUCCAGCUCAGUUUCUUAGGGGAGAGCAGGCGAGCCCUGGCCGGAGUGGAGGCCCACCAAUCCUUCCUCAUGGUGGAGACCACAGCCUACUUUGAGGCCUACCGCUACGUCCUCGAAGGGCUGCAGGAGCUGGAGGUAGAGGAUCUGCCCUUUCAGAGGUAUAUAGUGGAAUGCAGCUCAGACGUCGAACCUCCUGCCUACCUGCUCAGGGCAGAUACGUAUGACCUGUCUGCUAUUGCGGCGCCUGAGUUUAAGAGCAGUAUCAAGAGCUUUCACACCCUGGAUCCUGAAGCCUGGCCCCCCAUGGAGCAGUUGGGGUUGGACGAGUCUCAGAUGAGAGCCCUUCAGAUCGCACUCACCAAGGAGCUGGCUAUCAUCCAGGGACCCCCAGGCACAGGGAAGACCUACACAGGACUAAAGAUCGCCCAGGCUCUGCUUACCAAUCAGGAGAUGGGGAGAGGUUUCACCUCCCCCAUGCUGGUGGUUUGUUACACCAACCACGCUCUGGACCAGUUCCUAGAAGGCAUCCACAAGUUUCUACCAGACGGUAUUGUGAGAGUGGGUGGGCAAAGCAACAGUGAGGUCCUGAAGCGUUUCACCUUGAGAGAGCUGAAGAGCUCCCAUUACUUCCGCCGCAACCUACCGCAACAUCUUCGGAGUGCCAACAGUGAGAUCUAUGAUGCAUUGCGGACAGAAGAGACUAAGAUCCAGACUCAGUCUGUGCAGCUGGAGUGCAGUCUUCGGGGCGUCCUAAGGGAGCAGUACCUCCAAAAGUUCAUCUCAGAGAAACACUGGGAUAGCCUGACGCUACAGCCAGCAUUGGAUGGCUUUGAGAGCUAUGGUGGGAAGAAGCCGUCUCUUGUUAUGGAGUGGCUGGGAUUAGGCUUCACUGUCUUCCAGCAGAGGACGCCACAUCCUCAAAAUUGCAAUGCAGAUGUGGAAAUGGACGAAGGUGAAGAGGAAGAGGACGACCUGAUCGAGAUAGCGGAGGAGGCAGACCUGAUCCAGGCGGAACGCUUUGUAGAAGCCUCAAACACGCAUCAUGGUCGGGAUGAAGAUCUUAGAAAGACGGAGGAGAUAGUCAGAGACAUGGCGGAACUGAUGCUGGCCAUGAACCUGGAGAACAUCGAGAUACAGGCAGAGCAGAGUGAAGAAGGCUGGGAGAUGCAGCGGGUACAGAAGAGGAAGAUGAAACAUCAUAUUAGGAGGGAGCUGGGCAGGAGCUCAGCCGUGAGUGAGGAUGAGGAGGACACCAUUCUGGAUGUGUGGACUCUCAGUCUGCCAGACAGAUGGAGACUGUACCGGUUAUGGGUGAGGCGUUACCGGACAGAGCUGCGUACGCGAGCCCAGCAGGCGGAGCAGGACUAUCAGGACGCAGCCGAGCGUCUGGCUGAGAUUCGUCUCCGCGAGGACUUAUGUGUCCUGAAGGAUGCCAAGGUCAUCGGCAUGACGACUACGGGGGCUGCUAGAUGCCGCAAAGCUUUGCAGGAAGUGAGUCCUCGCCUGGUGAUCGUGGAAGAGGCGGCGGAGGUACUGGAGGCCCACACUAUCACCACUCUGAGCCAGGCUUGCCAGCAUCUCAUCCUCAUUGGAGACCACCAACAGCUCCGGCCCAGUGCAACAGUGUUUGACCUGGCCAAGAACUUCAAUCUUGAAGUGUCCAUGUUUGAGAGGCUGAUCAAGAUGGACUUUCCGUAUGUCAGACUUAACUACCAGCAUCGCAUGAGGCCAGACAUUGCCCGUCUCAUAGUCCCUCACAUCUACUCUGAGCUGGAGAACCACCCCUCAGUGAUGGACUUUGAGAAUGUUAAGGGGCUUCACUCAAACAUGUUCUUUGUGGAGCAUAAUUAUCAUGAAGAGGAGAUCAAGGAUGGAAAAAGUCACCAGAACCGCCACGAGGCCCUCUUCGUGGUAGCGCUGUGUCGCUACCUCUUGUUACAGGACUACCAGCCGUUCCAGAUCACCAUCCUCACCACUUACACAGGGCAACUCCACUGUCUGCGCAACCUCAUGCCAGCCAAAGAGUUCAAUGGGGUCAAAGUUCAUGUUGUUGACAAAUAUCAAGGGGAGGAGAAUGAUAUUGUCCUGCUGUCCCUGGUUCGAAGUAACAAACAGGGGAAGGUGGGUUUCUUGAACAUCCCCAACCGUGUCUGUGUAGCCCUGUCAAGGGCUAAGAAGGGCUUCUACUGCAUUGGAAACAUGGACAUGUUGGGAAAGGUCAAGCUCUGGAGCAACAUCCUGCACAUGCUGCGAGAGAAGGACCAAGUGGGCCCUGCAAUGACUUUGUGCUGCCAGAACCACCCUGAGCGACACAUUAAAGUGUCCUGCGGAGACGACUUCAAACAAGCUCCCGAGGGAGGCUGCAACCUGCCCUGCGAGUUCCGCUUGAACUGUGGUCACGUGUGCUCCAGUGCCUGCCACCCGUACGACCAAGAGCACAAAAAGUACACAUGCAACAAAAAGUGCCAGAAGGUCCUUUGUGAGCUGGGGCAUCGAUGCCAACGUCAAUGCUACCAGGAGUGCCCUACUGACUGCCUUAAGCAGGUAGAAAAGAUUGUACCACAGUGCCAGCACAAGCAGAUGGUGCCCUGUCACCAGGCUCCGGAGAAGUUUGUGUGCCAGGAGCCCUGUCAGCAGAAGCUCAUGUGUGGGCAUCCAUGUGCCUUGGUGUGUGGGGAGUCCUGCACCACCACCUGCAUGGUGAUGGUCACAUUGGAGCUCAAAUGUGGACACAAGCAAGUUGAUCCCUGUCAUUAUAAGAGCUCUACCAUACAGCCAGAAUGCAGGACACAUUGCACACAGAUGCUGAAGUGUGGCCACCCAUGUGCCUUGGUGUGUGGGGAGUCCUGCACCACCACCUGCAUGGUGAUGGUCACAUUGGAGCUCAAAUGUGGACACAAGCAAGAAGAUCCCUGUCAUUAUAAGAGCUCUACCAUACAGCCAGAAUGCAGGACACAUUGCACACAGAUGUUGAAGUGUGGCCACCCCUGUCCUGGUUCCUGCCAGAGGUGCCACCAGGGCCGCUUCCACAUGGGCUGUUUCCACCAAUGUGAUCGCCUCCUAGUCUGCUCCCAUAAGUGUCGGGAGCCCUGUACACGUGGAUGCCCACCCUGUCAAAUGCGCUGUGAGAAUCGCUGCAUCCAUAGUGUCUGUAUGAAGCCAUGCGGCCAGCCCUGUGCCCCCUGCAUAGAGCCUUGUGCCUGGAAGUGCCCUCAUCAGCGCUGCAGCAAGCUUUGCCAUGAGCCUUGUGACCGUCCACCAUGCACCCAACCCUGUACCAAAACCUUGCACUGUGGGCACCCAUGCAUCGGCCUGUGUGGAGACCCUUGCCCCAACAAGUGCCGUGCUUGCCACCACGAGGAGGUAACAGAGAUCUUCUUUGGUACGGAGGACGAUGUUGAGGCCUGUUUCAUUCAGCUAGAGGACUGCGGACACUUGUUUGAGUCCACGUCCAUGGACACAUACAUGGGAAUGGAUGAGAACCAGCAGGCUACCGGAAUAAAGUUGAAGGAGUGCCCCAAGUGUCGCACACCCAUCCGCAGGAAUCUCCGGUACGGGGCUCAUGUCAACCGGAGUCUGGUGGAAAUUGAAAAAGUGAAGGAGAAGAUUAAUGGAACACAGUCAGAUAUUGAGGCACAGAAGGUGGUCCUUAAGCAGCAAUGGAUUGACAAGGAGGACUUGCUAAGGUACCUACCUAUGGAGUAUAUACAGAUCAGAGAUACACUGAGAGCCUCCGACCUCACAGCAAAUAAACUAUGGAUCACUGAGAACAAGAUGGCCUUACUUGAGAGACUGAACAAGCUGCUGAAGAUUCGUAGGGGACACAUGUCAAGCGUAGAAACCUUUUACUUUGACGAGAAGGUUCCAGAGUUCCUGAGGUGGCUGAUGGAUCAUCACCAAAAGUUCUCAGAGCAGCAGGCAUCUGAUCUGCAGAGCGAGCUACAGAGGCUCUCCUUUUUGGCGGAGCUUAACGCCCGCUGCAAGAUGGCUAAUGGAACAGGCCGUAGGGUCCACGUUCAGGCUGAGGUCAGAGCAAUGAGGAAGGUUCUGGAGAGAAUGCAGCCAUUCACUCAGCAAGACAAGGACUUGGUAAAGCAAGCACUUAAAGAACUGGAUAAAAAGCUACCACGCACUGGCCUGGAGAUCACUGAUGAAGAAAGGAUGAUGAUUGUUAAAGCUAUCAACCUGAGUGUUGGACACUGGUACAAGUGUCCCAACAAUCACAUCUACGCCAUCGGAGAAUGUGGACGGGCCAUGGAGCAAAGCAAUUGCCCAGAAUGCAACGCUACGAUUGGUGGAGCAAGACAUGCUCUGGUGAGUGGCAACAGAGUGGCUUCAGAGAUGGAUGGGGCGCAAGAGUCCGAAGUCAAUAAUGUACUGAACUUUGAUCUGAUGCACCUUGAUGAUUAAAACCAGAUUGUUUUCAGUUUAAUUGUGACUUGUCAUAACUGAUGUGACAGUUAUCACAAUUGGUACUCCAGAAAGCAUAGCUGUAUUAAUUGAUAUAUUUAAUUCUGAAAUUUCAGUCAAUUAUUAAUUGAAUGUGAUGAAAUGAAUCUGCUUCGCGAAGUAUAAUACAUAUUCAUUUUUAUUUCGCAGAGGUGAGGUUUAAUAAUGUCACCCCAGAGUACAAUACUGCAAUUACAUGUGACUUUUUGCUACUGUAUCUGUGUGAUCAUGAAAGUUGAAAAUGAACGAUUGAUCAAAAAAAAAUCAUUAUACACGGUACAAUAAAGAAUUACGCAAACGAUUAGACUGGAUUUUUAUGUGUGAUGAUGGGCUUACAUUUUUAGACAACUGAGUGUUUUUUUCUAGUCACACCAAUGGAUGGCAGCAGUGUAUUGUUAAUUUAACAAAGAGUUGACUUGAUACUUGCCGUUUUGUCAUUUUACACAAAUGUAAUACAAUUAUCUGAGAUGA